GGUUGCAGCAUCGCGGCGGGCGCUGACAGCGCCUCGCUCGCAGGUCCCUCCCGCAGCCCCGGCGGCUCCUGCCAGGGCGGCCCCGGGCCCGGCCCAGGAGUAACCCGCCUAUGGAGAGAUGGUCUUAGCCGAAUUACUUAAAGAUACUUAAGAGCAGAUUUUUCACCAUUAAUCAGGCCGCUCUACCAAUGGAGCCCCGGAUCCCCCACAACAUCACCGUCGUCCCCAACUCUGCGAUGGUGCAGCCCUUGCUGGACAGUCGGAUCCCCUACGGGCGGCUGCAGCACCCGCUCACCAUCCUGCCCAUUGACCAAAUGAAGACAACUCACAUAGAGAACGAUUACACCGACAACCCCACCGCUUCCCAGCUGGCAGCCCAGAAGCGUCCCCGAGGCCCCCAUGAACUGGUCUUGACCAACCAGCACCUGCAGCGCUGUGAGCAGGAUGUCACCCACCCCUGGAUUUCGUUCAGCGGGCGGCCCAGCUCCAUCAGCAGCAGCAGCAGCACAUCUUCAGACCAAAGGCUGUUGGACCACAUGGCCCCGGCACCCACGGCAGAGCAGUCCUCCCCCAGAGCAGUUCGCAUCCAGCCCAAGGUGAUUAACUGCAAACCUAUGGAUCCGAAGGGACCCUUGUCUCAGGAACUGGACAAGCACUUUCUACUGUGCGAAGCCUGUGGGAAAUGCAAGUGUAAGGAGUGUGCGCUGCCCCGGACUCUGCCUUCGUGCUGGGUCUGCAAUCAAGAGUGCCUCUGCUCGGCACAGAACCUGGUCAACUACUCCACCUGCAUGUGUCUUGUCAAGGGCGUCUUCUACCACUGCACCAACGAGGACGAUGAAGGCACAUGUGCCGACCACCCCUGCUCCUGCUCCCACUCAAACUGCUGUGCCCGCUGGUCCUUCAUGAGUGCCCUCUCCUUGGUGCUCCCUUGCUUGCUCUGCUACCUGCCAGCCACCGGCUGCGUCAAGCUGUCCCAGAGAUGCUAUGACCAAGUGAGCCGGCCCGGAUGCAGAUGCAAAAACACAAACAGUGUCAUUUGCAAGGCGCUGCCGGAGAGCAAAGCAAGCAGGCCAGAGAAGCCCUUUUGAUAGUUUGGGAGGAUGGGGAGUGGGAGGACACUCCAUGGAGGGGGGUGACGGUGGCUGUUUCCAAUAACCUGUGUUCUGAGCGUAACAUUAGGCUUUUGCCUUCGGAGAAAGCAGAAGCAACUGUUUCCACAAACUGAAGCACUUUGGGUUAUUCAGGGUUUUGGAACUGGUUGGAAUUGAAAUAGACGGGGCCAAAGGAGGAGGGAUCUUAAUCACGUAGAGUGAAGGCUGAAAACCUAUGUAUAUCUUGAAGUACAGCUGCUUACAAACUCCAGGUUCAGACGGACAGCUGCUCACUGUGCCUGCACACCACAAGAACCAUUAACUGCUCGCUUGGCAGGCACGGCUGCACAAGCAAUACCCAUUCCCAGCUGCAAAAAGCCACGUUGGAUUCGUAUUCAGGGUGGGCUGCUUGUUUUUGCUUUCCUUCCAAACUCUGAUUUGCUACCAGCAGCCUGUUGAAGGUGACGGGUUAACCCCUCUGCCCUCCUCCCCAGCCUGCACACCAUUACAAGGGCCAAUUGCACACAACGUACACGUUUCUCAAAAGGUUUCUGUGUCUCUCAAAGACUUUUUUAAUAGAAGUAAAGAUACAGUUCAUGUUUUUUAAGAAUCUUUAACAUUUAGGCGUAUUGCUUCCUUUGAACACCUGGACACAUUCCUGUGUGACAUGAUCGAGGGGAAUCUGCUUUAGCAGGUGGUUGGACUGGUUGAUCUCUAGAGAUCCCUUCCAACCCCCCACCAUUCUGUGAUUCUGUAACCCACCUGGCCACAUUGAUUUAAAGCAAGAUGAGUGCAGGGUUGCUCCCUCCCUGGGAGGAAUAGUGGCAGGAUGUGUUCAGGCAGUUGCACUGACAGCGUGUCGUUCUGCCUGUUAGCUGAGCCGUAGAGUCAGGUUUCACUAGAUGGAAUAUUAAUUUUACGUCAACAGCACAAGCCCGCUCCAGACGGAUGUUGGAGGAAUCCCGUUUCCCCAGCACCUGCUCGUUCCCCAGGGCUGGAGCAAAUGGGACCUUAGCUCAUACCACAAAGUGAAGACGUGCAGCAUUUGCUUCUCUAAACCUCUUGAGCUCCAUUAAGAAGUCACAGAAACCUAAGUGUACGAUACACACAGGUGUACUUUUAUAGGAAUAUCAAUCUAGUACCUCCUCUCCUGGAACAAGCUUUUCCUUGCUCACAAAAUAUUAAGACUUGUAAAUUUUUUUGUUGUCUUGGGGAUGAAUGGGAUUUGCUUGAAGUACAGCCCAUUCCCCCGUCUCUAUUGCUGCUGUUCAACUUUUGCCUCCUCUGUACAAAAGUGUGUCUUUUUAAAUGUAGAGAAUGCUUUUAAUGCUUAUUUUAGUGUUAACAUACACUAGGGAAUGCCAGAGGAGGGAAGAGAGCACAUUUCCAGAGUGUGCCUGUGGUUUCCAGUAGGUGACUGUCCUCAGCUUUGUCCAUGUGCUCAUCCUGGGGCUGGCUCUGCGUUACCACCAGAUGCAGUAGCCCUGUAAGAUUCAGCGACCCCUUUCUUUUGACAACUACAAGGUGCUAAAUCAAAAUCUUUGUCCAAACAUGCAACACUGUAGUAAGCAGGUAGGUACUUGUUGCAUGCAGAAAACUGAUCUAGCCUCUCUUUCUUCUUUCCUUUUCUUUUUUUCUAAUCAGAGGAAAUCUCCUCAGUAAAUGCACAGCAGUGACAGUGAAAUGUCAUCUCUAAUUAGAUAAGCAAUAGGCAGAGCUCAUGUAGCAUUUCCAGGAAUCCCAUUUGCUUGGUUGCAGUACAGUUGCUGCGUAGGGGUUGGCAGGAGCGUACUGAUGGAAAUUCCGGUGUCUUGUUUUCAGAAUUAAUUUAACCUGGAUGACUUGGAGUUUAGUUAAGCUUAGCUGUAGAUAUUUAUUGAAGGGGGAAUUAAAAAAACCCACAAACCACAACAAACUUUCUAUAUUUAUAGCAUUUGCUAGCUUGUAUAUGAUAAAUCAUAGAAAAAGGGAUACUACAUCCCUUGCCAGAUACCAAUUCCUAUAGUUUAUCCUCAUGUUGACCAUAUGGGGACACCAUAAAGAAGGAAGCAGGUAGAGAUUCAGAGCUGUAUUUAUUAUCUUGCACAAAUUGGAGGGGAAAUGAUACAAAGAAGACCAACCCCAAAUUAGAUUAACUGUUGGUUGAAUGUAUAAGGUAUUGUAUUUAAUAAGACAAAUAAUUUUCCUAAGAUGCAAAUAGGCCAGAAAGUGCAGCAGGGGAGGUAUUUACCUGCUGCCACCCUCUAUUGGGACCAUAUGUAUCCAAAUGGCUCCACCUGUGGUUGUUUUGCCUUUUUGACCCUCUGACCCUGGCUGUUCCAGGGGGAUCUGAGCUCAAAAUCUGCAAUAGCAAAGCCCAUGGCUUAGAUGCAUGGUCCUUGCCAGCAAACACAACGCUGGAGUGGUCGCCACUGUGCCAAUCUACACUCAUGUAUAUACACCCAGCAAUCCCUAUGGAUUUACUUGCGUUGUACAUACUUGUAAACUAUUUCUCUGUUGGUUUCUUUUAAUGUAUAAAUCCUGUGAUGGUGUAAGCCGAUCCCAUGCUGGAAGACUGUAAAGCGUUAGUGGAUGUGUUAGAGCAGUGGUAAAUGUAGCAGAGAGAAACCCUCCAUCUUCCCCAUGGCCUCGCAGCACAGCCAUUGGGCUCAGCUGCAGCAGCUCCAGGCCCAGGGCAUGGCAAGAAGGUGCUGAGCUCCCUGCAGAGCACUUGGAGAGGUUUGGGGUGAGCUGAAGCGGGGGCUUUGCCUUGGGGCUGGCAGAGGGUACGUCUCUGGUCAAUGAUGUCUUUAUUCCCUUCUUUUCCUCCAUCCCUUUUUAAGGUACUUGGUUCUCCUGCCACCCCUGAGACAUACCAAGGGCACAGGGCCAUGUAACCUCAGCCCCGACAAGGGCUCGAAGCGGCUACCAUGGCCAUCACCCCACACAAAUAGGAGCGACUGCUAAUUAGCACAAACCUCAGGCACGACAUUUGCUCUCCAGCUGCAUCAGUGCAGUAGGACCAUG